CUCCCUUCCAAAUUUGGGUUCCUUUUAUUUUUUCAUCAAAGAUUCGAUGUCACAAGGCUUUUCAAUUGAGCUUUACUUUGAUCCAGCACUCGAAAACCAAGUCUUGAAAGCUUGGAAUGUAUUGGCUCGUCGCCAAAUCAGCACUCAGUUAAUUGAAAUUGAGUCAAGGCCUCACAUUACUCUCUUCUCCAGCCCUUUUCUAGACCCUGCCAAGCUUGAAUCUGUUGUCAAGUCUUUUGCUUCAAAACAAGGACCUUUACCUCUAUCUUUUACUUCAAUUGGGAGUUUCCCAAAUGACAAAAAUGUUCUUUUUCUUGCACCUGUUCCAACAAUGGCCCUCCUACAGUUCCAAGCUCAAUUAUGUGAGGCAAUUAAAAAGGAAGGGAUCGAAAUUGGUGAAGAGUUUAAAGCUGACUCUUGGAUUCCCUUUUGUGCAGUAGCUCAGGAUGUGCCAAAAACAAGAAUAGCUGAAGCUUUUUGUGUGUUGAGAGAGUCCAAAUUGCCUGUUUCUGGAUAUGCAAUGGACAUUGGAUUGGUGGAGUUUUCACCCGUUCGUGAAUAUUUCUCAUUUGAACUUGGGAAUACUGUUGAGGCAUGAGAUUUUGAGGGCUCAUUAUGACAGUGUUAGUUCCUUUUGCCUUUUGUUAGAAUUCCAAAUUCUGUUUUUAUAAUGUGCUGCUAAUUUAGAUUUUAUUUAUAAUUAGUAAUGAAUGAUGGAUUCUUAGUUGCAA